AUGGUAAAGGAUGACAUUAUUGCAAAAGUUGAUCAACCUACUGAAUGUGUCUCGAGCAUGCUCGCUGUGCGAAAACCGGCCUUGGAGACAGACGGAAAAGCAGAUAUUCGCAUUUGCCUUGACCCAAAAUAUCUAAAUGGUGUAAUAAAACGUGAACAUUUCCCUAUGCCUACUAUUGAAGAAGUUGCUACCCGAUUAAAUGGGCCGGAAAUUGUCAGUGUGUUUGACGCCAGAAUUGGAUUUUGGCAAGUAGAGCUCGAUCAAGGCUCCAGUCUAUUCACUACUUUCAACACUCCAUUCGGGCGGUAUUGUUGGCAACGUACGCCGUUUGGCAUAAACAGCGCACCGGGCGUAUGGCAGCGAAAGAUGCGGGAACAUGUUGAAGGGGUGGAAGUGAUAGCAUAUGAUGGGGUGGAAGUGAUAGCAGAUGGUUUUGUCGUGGUUGGGUUUGGAAGUACCCCAGAAGAGUGGAAUGCUGACCAUGACCACAAUGUCCGUGCUUUUCUGGAGCGCUGUCGGGAGAAGAACCUGAAGCUCAAGAAAGAAAAGGCUUAG